CAGCCAAUCAUGCGCCAGUUCGUUGCUGACCGUCGUGGAGUUCGGAUAGCGCGGCAUGUGAAAAGGCAGGGAAGACGCGAAACUUGUGGCUCUAAGAUAGACUUGAAAAUGAAGUGACAUCGGACAUUUAGCCCGUGCCCUCAGAGGAGAUUUCCAGUAACAGCCAUGUGCUUCUCGUUGUAAACGUGUUGCAAAUCGGAGAAAAACCUGUGGAACAAAACUGCUACGUGUGGUGACUGGUGUACGGAUUAGCGUGUUGGAGUUUCAUAGGGAACAAGUGUUAUGCUGAACUAGUGACAAUGGAAUUUAUACAGAUAAAAGACAUAAGGCCAGGUAUGAAAAAUUUAAACGUUGUGUUUAUUGUCCUCGAAGUUGGUCAUACUACCGUCACAAAGGAGAAUCGUGAAGUGCGAACAUUCAAAGUUGCGGAUGCCACUGCCUGUGUUAACGUAUCCGUGUGGGAUGAGCCUGGACAGCUGAUCGCUGCUGGAGACAUUAUUCGACUGAUAAAAGGUUAUGCCUCGGUGUGGCGUAAUUGUUUAACCCUGUACUCAGGAAAGAAUGGGGAGGUGCAGAAAAUAGGUGAGUUUUGUAUGGUGUUUAAUGAACAGCUAAAUAUGAGCGAACCAAAUCCAGCAUUGACCUCACAGCUGGUAAAUCAAAAUUCUGCAUCUCAGAAUAACAACAUGAACAAUUCGAAUAGUGCAAACAGCAGUAACGGCGGUUUAAUAAACAGGCAUUCUGCAUCUGCUCAGGCACAACCUACACCUCAGAUGAACUCAGUGGCCCCUGCUAAAAGCACCUCAUCCAGUUCAAGGUUUUCAAACGAGCAGACUAGCAAUAACAAAUCUCAGGGCAAGGGCAAUCAGAGAGGGAAGGGGAGCCACAGAAACGGUUCUCGAGGGGAAAGAAGAUAAUACAGACCACAGAAUUCCUGGACCUUUGCCUGACAAUAGACUGACAAACCAUUUGUAACUGUGAAAUCAUUAACAUGAAUUGUAAAUUGCCUUCAGUGUACAGGUAGAUGAUAAAUGCAUCUACUACUGUAGUAAUAAUUUCGCAAAUUAAUUGUACAUUAAUCGAAAAAAAUUCAAUAUAUUUAGCUAAACGAAACUUUUACGUUCACAACCAUUUCAUUUUGUUUCCCCUGUCCUUUUAUUUACCUACGUCACCUUCAACAUGUAAACUCGUAAUUAAAUGGAGCGCUCUAUGUUUUGUGUGUCACAUACGUAUCAUGUUCCUGACGAAUAGCUUGAAAGGCACAUUGCAAGUUACGCAGUUUUCCGCCAUGUUGAUACCAGGAUGAAGAACCACUUGUUUGCCAUCAAAAACUUUCACCAUUAUUAAUACUUAAAACUUGAGAUACGCGAAAUAUUUUACUAGCAGUGAAAGGUUUCUAUUAUAGAGCAUUGCGCUUUUAAUCGACGUUGUACCGUGCGCAACACGUCCCACGCUCUACAUACGACCGCCAUAGUGCUGUACCGAUGAUGAGAAUUCUUAAAUAAGAAAGAGGAUACAGGUGUAAAACAGUUAAUAGAAAAUAUUUACUUUAUAUUUUUUAAACAUUUUCAGAGGCUCAGUUGGUCGAUACUCGUGUGAAAUAAGUCAUUAAUUUGUUUGUACUACUUCCGGUUAACAGUAUGGCUGUCAGUGUGUUGUGACGUACGCGAUAAUGCUUGCAGAAAGCAAGGUGAUAGAUAGGCGGACCUGUCCGCAAAGACAUGCUUGGUUCGUAUGUUUUAUUUGCAGCGAGGUGAUUUCUGUAUUGCAAGAUUUCAGUUAGAAGUUUUUUUUUUUUUUUAAGGUGCCGUUAAAUCACUUUCUAUCUGUCACGCUGUCUUAAGAGCAUGAAAAUUAGGCUGUUUACGAAAGUUGGUUAUGCCUAUGUUGGCAGUUGAAGCUGUAUGAGAGAAUAACCAGGAAAUGAAGAUGAUGUUUAACGUGUACGAGGGACAUAGUGCAAAGUUUUUUAAUGCUGGUUGCUGCUGGGUUGCCUGUAAAACACUGUUACUUAUUUCUGUGUAUUUCGCAUUUUCCAUUGGGCUAACGUUUUAUCAGCGAUCUAUUUUACAGGUGCUCAACUUUCCCCUGUCAGUGGUUGUAAGCCAUCUGGUAAUAAAAUUCCUUUUGGCAUGGAUUUCACGGUAUUUGUGGCAGUGUUACACAUCACGUCCAAGGAUUACACUUAACUGGACUUUAUAUAUAACAAAAUUAUGCCCUACUGGAGUUGCAAGUGGACUGGAUAUAGCAUUUUCAAACUGGGGUCUGUCCCUAAUUACUGUGUCUUUGUAUACGAUGACAAAGUCAACCACUAUACUUUUUAUUUUAGGAUUUGCACUCCUCUUCCGAUUAGAGAGUAAGUCUUGGUCUUUGGUUGCAAUAGUUUUGAUGAUAUCAAGUGGUUUAUUUCUUUUUACAUAUAAAGCCACUCAGUUCAGCUUGGAAGGUUUCAUGAUCACUUUGCUUGCUUCAUUCAUGAGUGGCCUUCGCUGGACAUUAGCUCAGCUUAUCAUGCAGAAAUCAGAAUUAGGUCUGUCAAAUCCAGUGGACAUGGUAUACCAUGUACAGCCCUGGAUGAUUGUGUCUGUUCUACCAUUUGCAGUGGCUUUUGAAGGUCAUAGCAUAGCAAGCAGCUGUCACACAUUCCGAUAUCAUAGUGCCAGCCAAAUUCUUCAUUCAGCAGGUGUUGUUCUGUUUGGAGCAAUCCUUGGGUAUCUGAUGGAAAUUGCAGAGUUUUUAGUAGUUUGCCAAACGUCAAGUCUCACUUUAUCUAUUGCUGGGAUUGUCAAGGAAGCGAUGACGUUGUUGCUGGCCAUACUGUUGGUUGGUGACCGCAUGAGUCCUGUGAACUUCGUCGGGCUGCUGUUGUGCAUGGCAGGUAUAAUGGUCCACACUUUGGGCCGCACCUCGGCGGCUCUACACUCCAGUGGUAACAGGCAGGAUGAAUACCAACUUACUGACAAGCUGCCCCUGCUGUCUGCAGAGGGUGAGACCCAUGUGAAAUUCCUGGUCCAUGAAACCAGCAGCAGUGAAGAUGAGAGUGGUGAUGACUCAAACCAAGUGCUCUUCAGUAUAAAGCAGAGGAGGGACAACCCUGUGAGAUAACCAUUUCUGAUGCUGAAGCAGUACGUCUGUCUGUAUGUUACAGACAUGUGAUUUUAUAUGAGUAUUGUUUGCAUUUAAAAAGACAUGAUCUCUCUUUUAUACCAAGUGUACAUUCUUUGUAGUUGGAAUAAAGAGUUUAUAUACAAAGUAAGUAAACAGAUUUCUACUUUACUGAACUUGGACUUACAUCUGUUAUAUACAGGGUAUGUAAACUUUGUGGAAACAUUUGUAAGGACAUAUGAAAGAGAAAUAAUAAAUAAACCAUUGAAACAAA